AUGGACUACAACAAGCGGAGCCUGAAAGAGAACCACAUUUGUCUCCGUCACCUGAAGGUCCAGCGCCUGAUCCACCUGGGACUCCAGUUCGCACAACCUUUAGAGACGGGCAUUGACAUGGGCGAUAUGAAACUCUACACUUUUCUCCUUUGUUUUGGUUUCAACUACUUUAAUGUGUUUUCUCAACAUUCCCAUCUAGCACGUUAUGUAGUGGCUUGUUCUGCUCACAUUAACUCCACUAGAGUUCUUUAUGAUUUUGAUGGAGACUUAAUUUUGUUUGUGGAUUUUGUGAACAGCGAUGUCAUUUUUACAACUCCAUCUUUCAUCCAUUUUGAUUCAAGCUAUUUCGACAAUGUUUUUCGAAAUGCAUGGAGAGCACGGAGGACAUGUCUUCAGACCCAGUUAGCGUCUAUAUUACCAGGAAGUAAGGCACCAGAGGUUCAAGAUCCCCCUGAAAACAUCUUGUAUCCUGCUGAAGAAGUCUUAUUGGGAAUCGAAAACAGACUUGUGUGUUUUGUCAAUCGUUUCUACCCUCCGGUCAUCUCUGUGACCUGGACCAAAAACAACUGUCCUGUGUCAAAAGGGGUGACGACCAGUGCUUAUAUACCCAACAAGGACACAACUUUCCAUUGCUUCUCCACCCUCACAUUCACACCAGAGCAGGGAGACGUGUACAGCUGCACAGUGCAGCACCCGGCCCUGGAGGAGCCCACGACACGCAUAUGGGAUGUGGAUGUGGAGAGACAUCAAGACCUCGCUGUGGAUCUCUACUGUGGACUGGGACUGACUGUAGCCUUUGUGGGAGUUGCAAUCGGAACAUAUUUAACAAUCAAAAAACGCUACUGCCACUGA